UCGUGUUCCCGCCAAAAAGUCUCCUUGAGUAGUGUGAUGUGAUCUGCUGCAUAGAUUAUACACUAAUCUACUGUUUAGUUUUAUUUGCUCGGUUGUGUGUUAGUGAAGUUUCUCAAUGCGGAUUUUUUUAUUACAUUGAAAUGUAUUUCAGGAAAUUAUUAUUUCUGACAAAAACCGCGUGUUGUAAAUCUUUAAAGCUAGAGACAAAAUGCCACUCAAGACAAAACAUUUGGAUAAUAGCAGCGAAUUCGCCAAAAUUUUAUUCAAAUCAAAAUUUAGAUGAUAGAAGUAAAGAUGAUAAACCUGAAAAAGUAGAUAUCUUAGGGAGGUUCUUCCCGCAAGCCCCACAGACACAGGUUGAUGCACAGCAGAUUAAAAAAGAACAAGAACGUUUUGAGCAAGAAAACAAAGAGAAAACUGAAGAAAAUGAAAAAAGUUGGAGAAGAAUGAAAUUAGGUUUUGCAGUUUUUGGUGGUGGUCUCACAGUAGCAGCGACCUGCCUUGUCAUAGAGAUGGGCUCACCCCGACGGGAUGAUGAGGGUCAAAUAAUAGAGGAUGAAUUUUCACAUCUUCCCAUUGUCUUUCAAUACCUGAGACGUUCCUGGAAAGAACUCACAUUUUAUGAAAAGAUGAUAAAGGAGCCAUCAAGAGAGAAAUUACUUCCAGACCCUUUGCCUCCACCGUACCAGCCUACAUACACUCUAGUCUUAGAAUUCACAGAUGUCCUGGUGCAUCCUGAUUGGUCUUACCAAACGGGCUGGAGGUUCAAGAAGCGGCCCGGCGUGGACCAGUUCCUCCAGGCGGUCGCGAGCUCUAAUUACGAAAUCGUCAUCUUCACGACGGAGAACGCUAUGAUGAUCUGGCCGGUGUUAGACAAACUAGACCCCGAGAACAAGUACAUAACGCACCGUCUGUUCCGCGACUCCACGCACUUCGUCGACGGCGUGCACGUUAAGAACCUCGAGGGACUCAACAGGGACUUGUCGAAGGUUAUCGUGGUCGAUUGGAACAAGGCAGCAACCAAGUUCCACCCGCAGAACUCGCUGAUCCUGAAGAAGUGGAAGGGAGCUGAUGAAGACACGUCGCUGCUCGACCUGGCCAAUCUGCUGCAGACGAUAGCGAUGUCGGAGGUGGCGGACGUGCGCGAGGUGCUGUCCUACUACGGACAGUUCGAGGACCCCAUCGCAGCCUUCCGGGACAACCAGCGCCGCCUCAUGGAGCAGCUCGAGGAGCGGGAGAAGGCUCCCAAGCAGGACAACACGCUCACCAGGAGCUGGCUGCGGACCUUCACCAGGCGCUAGCUGACGCGCUUCGAGACUUCGUAGCCGAUGCAGUUUAAUUUCAAUAACUAUUGCAGAGCUCCUGAAGAGAGUUAAGCUUUAAAAUGAUGUUAUUAUCUCCAAAGGCGUGAUUACAUUAUUUUCGUUAUGUCAAUUGGUACAGUAAAAUUAAUUAUAUAAUAAUAAUAAUAAUAAUGAAUAGAAUUUCUGAAUACAUUUUUGAGCAAUUGAGCUGAAAACAAGUGAAAUGAAAAUCAAUCAAUCGGAUUCGAGAAGAAUUCAAAGCGUUAUGAUUCACUGCCAUAAUAUGAACACUCACUAAGCUGAUCUUAGAUGUUUAUCACUAACGAAGUUCACACUACAAAACCCUCAACUUAAAACAAAGACAGCUGAGCGCAACGUAUCGUAUUCAUAACGCAGAUAAUUCAGGUUAUUAACUGAAUGUUAAAUGUUUUUAAUGCUGCACGCACUACAUUGUAAAAUAUAAUUUUAUUUUUUAUUUAUGUUUAAUUAAUAUAAAUUUGCAUAUUUCAUUAGGGUUCUCUUAAAACUCUAGGGGAUUAACUGUGCACAAAAAAAAUUAGGAAAUGAUCAAAUUCGAUAAUUAAAAUUAAAUUAAAGUACUAGAUUACAAAUCAUUUUGUAUAGAAAUAAAGUCAAACAAGAAUACUUCGUAAUGUUUCUUGGGUUCUCGAUAUUCAUUUUUUCUUUUAUAACGCUAGCAAUGGCAAUUUGGGCGACUGAUAUCGGAAUCUUUUUUAAACAGGUGAGAUAAACUUUUGUUUUUAUGACAUCUAUAUCGGCUUUUCCUUGUGCGACAGAACAUGCCGCAUUUUUAUUUAAGUUUGACAUAAUGUGUCUAUAAAUUUAUGAAAGUGUUCAAGUUAUAGUGUUUGUUUUUACAACUUAAGUCACUUCAAUAGUGUCAAUAUGAGUGUCACAUGGUGUUGUGACCUGCUAACACACAGCUUAUACUAGACUUAACUGUUCAUCACAUUUGUCUAUUGUAUUAUUGGUUGUAUUAUAUUAUUAACAUUCGAUGUAUUCAAAACCAAAAUUCAUUUUACUGUACCAAUUUACAGAUAUUGUUAUUGUUAUUCAUACUAAGCCUUUGUGUUUUUUGUUAUUGUAGUUUUUAACUCUUGUUUCUCAUAAUUGGUAUAAAAUAUAUUAUGUUAAAUGGACUUUAAUAAUUAUAUUUCAACGCACAGUAACAAAGAAAUUAAUGUAACAAAUGUAACAAAGAAAUCUAAUGAACAAAAUUUUUUUGCAUAAUCGAGGAUCCCAAAAUUUUUAAUCUAAUGUUAUGCUUACUGAUUACUCGCAUAUGACGACUGGGAUUCGAACCUACAUCCUGUAGUUUGGUAAUCAGGCGACUAACCACAAGAGGCGUUGGUUGUACUCUGUUGAUAACGAUUUUGUAAAACAAAAGUUUAGAACUACAUGCAGCAUGCAUUUGUUGUUUUGAAAAUGUGUAUGUAUAAUUGUGUGAAUGAUUUCAAGUUUAAUGAAUGCAUUAGCGCGAUUGCAGCAGUCAUAGGUAGGCAAUAAUAGUUGUUAAUAAUUCAA